AAACACAGCCAUGGGGAAUGGAUGCGUUGCAGUCACCAAAUACUUUCUAUUUCUCUUCAACCUCCUCUUCUUUGUGUUUGGAGCCCUUAUCCUGGGCUUUGGACUGUGGGUUCUGCUUGAUAACAAGAGCUUCAUUGCUGUUCUACAGGAAUCAUCAGAUACUGUGAAAGUAGCCUCAUACAUCCUCAUCGGAGUGGGUUCCCUGACGAUGGCCAUGGGCUUCUUCGGCUGCAUUGGAUCCAUCUACGAAGUCCGUUGUCUUCUGGGUCUGUACUUCACCUGCCUCCUCCUCAUCCUCGUUGCCCAGAUCACUGCUGGAGUUCUCAUUUAUUUCCAGAGAGAUCGGUUGGCAUAUGAGAUGGACAGCAUUAUUAAGACUGUGAUCAUCACCUACCCCAAUAACAGGACCACAGAACACCCCUUGGACUACAUUCAGAGGACGAUGAAAUGCUGUGGUUUUACUGGGCCGGGCAACUGGUCUGAGAACCCUGUGAUCAAGAACAGCACCCAGGUGCAGUAUUCCUGCUCCUGUCGUAAUGAUUCCUUGCCUGGAGUGGAAAAGGUGCUAGCAGGCCUGUGUUCAACCUUGUCCUCGGAUCCACCUGUUUAUGAAACGGGCUGUAAAACCACCAUAGAAACAUGGCUAAAGGAUAACUUGGGAGUUAUUCUGGGGAUCUGUGCUGCCGUGGCAGUCGUGGAGCUCCUCGGGAUGAUCCUCUCCAUGUGUCUCUGCAAGAACGUUGGCCGGGAAGAUUACAGCAAAGUGCCGAAGUACUGAGCUGGAGCCAGCGUCACAUCACACACACAGAUGGACGGACUCUCCCUCUCUCUCCUCACAGCCCAGUCUUAUACACACACACACACACACACACACACACA